AUGAGAGGUACCACGCGAGUCUCAGUCAUGCUCCUCCUCGUGACUGUGUCCGACUGUGCCGUGAUCACAGGGGCCUGCGAGCGGGACGUCCAGUGCGGGGCGGGCACCUGCUGCGUAGUCAGCCUGUGGCUGCGUGGGCUGCGGGUGUGCACCCCGCUGGGGUGGGAAGGAGAGGAGUGCUACCCCGGCAGCCACAAGGUCCCUUUCUUCAGAAAACGCCAGCACCACACCUGCCCCUGCCUGCCCAGCCUGCUGUGCUCCAGAGGCCGGGAUGGCAGGUACCGCUGCUCCACUGACUUGAAGAACAUCAACUUGUAGGAGCUUGUCUGGUCUCCGGUCACCCACCGGGCCUCUUCCUGAGCACAGGCUGGGGUGGUCUCUCUUGGACUUUUAUUUCUGCCCUGUGGCCCAAUCCUGCAACCCACUGCUGUCGCAUCCCCACUCCCCACACUGCCUACUUACCCCCCU